CCAAGAUCAUUUCGUUUUUUCCGUAGCUUUUUGCUCCCGGCGCCCAAGUCCACAACAGCAAGAGAUCUUUAGGCGGCAACCAAGGAACGAAACAUCAUGGCAGACGCAGAGGGCGUACAGCAAGAGCUGCAGGACUACCUGCAGAAGAAGGGCAUCAAUACCCUCUUCAUCAACAUCGUCGAGUCACUCCUUCUCUCCAAGCCCGAAAACCCCGUCCAACACAUCAUUGAGUACCUCAAGACCAACUUCCCCGAGCAAGCCACAUCGAGAAAGCCCGACGCGCCUGCCAUUGCGACUGGGCAUCAUUCGGACGAGUCAGAGAGCGAAGACGAACCAGACGAAGACUCGAUCGGCGAAAUGCACCAGACUACCCAACCGACGCGACCCUUUGGCAAAGGACGACGAACGUCCGUGUCCGCGGAAACUUUGGAUCCCGAGAGCGCCAAACCCCUCGAGGCCGUGACUCACCCCAAGUCACAGGAGGAACGGAAACGCAUUUCGGACAUCUUGGCCGACAACAUUCUGUUCAAAUCGCUCGACGACAAGCAGUCCAAAAUUUUGCUGGACGCGAUGUUCCCCAAGGAAUUCGACAUUGGUGAGACGAUUAUCAAGCAAGGCGACGACGGCGACAACUUUUACAUUUUGGACACGGGCGUGUGCGAGGUAUACAAGGACGACAACCUCGUGUUGACGUGCACAGAGGCCAUGUCGUUUGGCGAGUUGGCGCUUAUGUACAACGCGCCGCGCGCCGCCACGGUCAAGGUCAAGGAAAAGUCCAAGGUGUGGGCGCUGGACCGACAAACGUUCAAGUACAUCAUCAUGGAAACCACCAUGAAGAAACGAGACACGUACAAGGGGUUCAUUCAAAAGGUGCCGCUUCUCGAGAGUCUGAGCGAGUACGAGCGGCUGACGGUCGCCGACGCCCUUCGCGUGGACACGUUUGCCGACGGCGAAGUGAUCAUCCGCCAGGGCGACGACGGCAACUUGUUCUACAUCUUGUCCGAGGGCACGGCUGUGUGCACCAAGCAACUAUCACCGAACGAGCCCAUCCAGGAGAUCGGCGUGCUUGUCCAAGGCGCGUACUUUGGGGAGAUUGCGCUGCUGACGACGCGCCCCCGACAGGCGACGGUAACUGCCAAGGGCGAAGUCAAGUGUCUGACCCUGGAUCGGAAGACGUUCAAGCGGGUGAUGGGUCCGCUGGAGAACAUUCUAAAGCGCAAUUUGGCCCAGUACAACCUCGUCAUGGCCAACACCAUCUAACCCACCGACGCGCAUCGCAGGAUCAUAUGAAUUGUUAUAUAUAUAUAUAUUUUACACAACUACACAACUACUAUUAUUAAUAAUAGUAUGCAAUAGCAUGAUGAUGGUACUACUCCGGAGUAAUAUCAAUAAUAUAUGGUGUGGGUUCCAAAGGGCA